AUGUUGCGACAGGCAGUGGCCGCUAGGAAACUCCUGUACUUCAAGGACGUUGACCAGGAGACCUUGCAAAAACUCAUAGCCGCCAUGGAGGUUUUCCGCUUCCCCGACGGUACGCAAGUGUCGCGGCAAGGCAGCUAUCGAGGAAGCCACUUUUUCAUCGUGUCGAAGGGCACGUUGGUGGUCUUGAGGAAUGGUGAAACCAAGUCGGAGAUCACUAAAGGUGCUGCUUUCGGGGAGAACGUGAUCCUCAUGUCAGGUGCACAAGACGCCACAAUCCAAGCCAAAGGAGAGGUGGAGGUCUAUGGCAUGCAUGGAGUGAGGAGCCGUGCUCUCCUGGCUGAGCAGUAUCAGCGAGAAAGAGGUCAAGCCAGCAGUGCAGUGAACGAAGCACUCAGUUGUGAUUCCUGCUGGCUGCUACGCAAACUCACGCCGUAUCAGAUGCAGUGCCUGUUUGACAAAGUCAAUGUGCUUGGCUUCGAGAAUGGCGCCACAAUCCUGGAAGCUGGCCACAAGGAGACGCCCGACCUUCACAUUGUGUUGCAAGGGCAGGUCUCCCUCACCGCCGGGGGCCAGGAAGUCUCGGUUGUGGAGCGUAUGGGCGUAGUUGGUGACGGCGGCUUGCUGUGCAAGGAGGAAGCCUUAAAAGCAGUGGCUUGUGGGGCUGUCCAGACGCUGGCCCUCGACAGAACUCUGCUGGAGCAGAUGUUCGGGACGAACUUGGAGGAGACCGUGAUCCGAUCACGGAUCCUAGACACCUUGAGACAACAGGAGGACCUGAUCCACUUACGUGUGGACCAGCUGGACGGCCUCGCGAGCCUUUGCGAGGUCAUCGAUCUGCAGCCGGGCUCCACCAUCGAAAGGUCCAGCUACCGUUUGGGCUUCAGCCUGGCCGGGCAGGCCGAGGCAGUGCUGCUCGACAGAGAUGGAAAUGUCCGCCCUCCCGUUCAGCUCAGUGCCAGAGGCAACGUUCUUCAUCCGGAAGAUGCGGACUUGGAUGGGGACAGGUCACCCGUGCUCAGGCUAAAACUAGCUCCAACAGCGACACAGCCGGCAAAAAUGGCAUUGUGGUCAGGCCGUCCGGUGGCAGGCUUUCUGGAGGUCGUCCGUCGAAAAAAGCGUGUCAGUUCCAGUCCAGACAUCUCGCCCAUGAGCACCAGCAGUGAGAACCGUGCACGGUCACCCUCCAUGAGAUUAGCUGUACUCUCGGAUGACAAGGUGGGGGCUUUGCGGAAAGUCGUGGUUUUCCGGACCCUGGCGCCGGACCAACUCCACAGGCUGGCCGAAGCGUUGGAGGUAAAGAAGAUGAAGCCAGGCCAAAUAGUGUUCAACCAAGGCGAAAAGGGCCAGGAGUUCUACAUUAUCCAUACAGGCUUGUUGGAGGUGUCCAUAGACGGGCGCAAGGUGCGCACACUUGGCAUGGGAGACUAUGUCGGUGAAAGAGCCCUGCUGUUUGACGGCCCUCGCACUGCAACGGUCAAAGUCGUAGAGGACUGUGAGCUUUGGAUGAUGGACUUGGAUGACUUCAACCAGGCUGUGCAGGGUCCGAUCCUGGAAUACAUGAAGGCGCGAAUCGGCCUCCAGAACACCAAGAUCGAUCUAAAUUCUUUGACGUGCCUUCGCGUGAUCGGGAGAGGAGGAUUUGGAGUGGUGAAGAUGGUCCAGUCCAAGACCAGCGACACCAGGUAUGCGUUGAAAUGCGUCAGUAAGAAGCAGGCGGUCGAGCAGAAGCAGCAAAAGGCGCUUGCGCAUGAGAGAAACAUCCUGGCAGAACUGGACCAUCCGUUCAUCAUCAAGUUCGUGCGCUCGUUCAACAGUCCUCGACAUGUGUACUUCCUCACGGAAUUAGUCACGGGAGGAGAGCUCCUGGAUGCUCUAGAUGCUCUAGGCCUUCUCCAGGCACCGCAGGCCCAGUUCUACUCCGCGUCGAUCAUACUGGCUUUAGAGUUCCUCCAUGAGCGACGGAUAGCGUAUCUUGAUCUCAAAGGGGAAAAUUGCCUCAUCGACCAGCAUGGCUACCUGAAGAUUAUUGACUUUGGAGUAGCCGAGCGGAUUACCGAUGGUCGAAUAUAUGCGGUGAAGGGGACGCCGCUCUUCAUGGCACCAGAGGUAAUACUGGGAAAGGGAUACACCACUUCGGCUGACCUUUGGAGUCUCGGCGUUUGCCUCUUUGACUUCAUGGUCGGUUCGUUUCCAUUUGGGGACGAUCAGGCUGGAAACGCCGAGAUCUUCAAAGCCGUCCUCAAGGCUCCACUGAAAUUCCCGAAAUGGCUCGGCGUGCACGAAAAGGAUGCCAAGGAGCUUAUGAAGGCUCUGCUGUGCAGAGACCCUGCGAAGCGACUUGGUGCCGGCCAGCGGGGUUACGAAGAGUUGAAGGAGCAUCCUUUCUAUGCGGACUUCAGAUGGGAAGGGCUCUUGGCUCGACAGCUGGAUCCGCCCUUCGUCCCCAAGGGGGAGACAUAUGCCGAAGAUGCAGAAAUCGGGAAGGACGUAGAGCCUGGAACGUUAACAGUUCUGGAGGAGGAUGAUGGAGACGGCGACGACGACUGGGUUGAUCCCGAUCCAUCCUGGGCAGAUGAGUUUUGA